AGUAAGGAAGGCUGGAGCUGUUGAUAACAUUGAACUAUUACAUCCUGUGUUUGAAGUGAAGUCAAUGGAAGAUCAUGUAAUGAUAAAUCUAAAUGAGAAAAAAAGAUUAUCAAAUAUCUCAAUUAUUCUUACAUAUUCUGUUCUCGUCAUGGUUUUUUUUCAGAAAAAUGUAAUGCUUGGUUUAGGAAAGGUGACUCUCGUUAGAGAGAGGGGGGAGAAGGAACGGGUCAAAGUUAAAGUUUGUCGGGAGCUUAAUCUCUCCAGUAGAUCAGAGGUUGAAUGCUAUGAUGAUCCUGAUGAAUGGGAACAGUUUAAACUGGAAAAGAAAAAAGAGGAUAAACUGGUGGCAGAAGCUCGAGGAAGGGCUGCUCAAGACAAGCUUUGUAGAGAAAAAUGGAUGCAGAAAAAAAUUGAAAAGGCUGAGAAAGACAUGAAGGAAAGUGUAGUUCUAAUUGAGAAACUGAGAUCAGCAAACAAGGUUUGGGAACAGGAGAACAAUGUCCAGAUCGUUGAUGUUAAUCCCCGAAAAAUAGCAGUUGAGAAAUCGACCAAACCGGUUCAAAGAAAAUCUGGAAUUCUGCAGGAAUCCGGAAACCUGCAGCCCAGCUUGGUUUGCCCGGAAUCCAGGAAAACUGUCCCGCGUAGAAUCAUCUCUACUGAACUCGUGAACCGUGGGGGCAACAGCUCUCGAGGAAAAUCCACGAAAGAUAGAAACCUUGUUCCAAAACCCCGAAUAUCAUUGGCUAGUCGGACUUCUGGGAAUACAACUGAAAGGACUGAUAAAGAAGGUUUAGAUUUAUCAAGACUAUCAACUAUUCUAGAAGCUACAGAGAAUGUUGGAGAAUCAACCACAGCCAGUUCUAUUACAGAUGAAGUUGACUUUAUACCCGUCAGAGGUCCAAGUAGAGCUGAAGAUGAAUUUUCAUCGAACAGUGCUAGCGUUGAAGUUGCUAGUCGUAGGACAAUAACAGAAUCAUCUUUAAAACGUCCUUCAUCGAUUCUUCCUGCCUCAAGGACCUCUGAAGUCUCCCGUCCUCCUGCCUCGGCCUCUUUAAGAACUAAAGACCUCCAAACCUCAAGCAGACCACUAGACAGUGGGGUCAGCUCUCUCCAGCAGGAAUUUGAACCUAGGGCUGGAUAUUUCAAAACCUCUGACCGAGGUCAAAGCCCUGGAGCUGCCCAUGAUACCAACCUAGAUAGUCCGAAUGUCAGUGAUAGUUUUGAUCUCGAAUCUGUCGGAUAUAUUCUUUCUCGAAUACAGGAACACAGAAAGAAGUUAGAGGAGAAUAAGGAAAAUACAGAUUCGAUGGAGUUUAGUCCUGAAACUUUAUUCAAAACCGUUGAAGAAAAACCUCAAGGACAGAAGACGAAGGAUGCUCAGCACAAGUUUAAAAUUGAUCAAGCUUUUAUUCAGAAAGUUUUGGAAUUUGAAACUUCUUCACCACUCCUAAGCUCGAAAAGUUCAUCCAGAAACUUAAAUUCCAGCAACAGCAAUCCAGAGCCUAGUGUUGAGCUGAAGGAUCGGAGAAAAACAAGAAGAAAAUAUAAAUCCUCAGCCCAAGUUGCCAGUCGAGAUAUUAGUGCAUCUAGUUUAUCAGAUUUAGAAUGUUUAAAGCAGUACAGGAGGCAUAAACCUGUUGGAGCCGAGACUAAACCUCCGGAUACUGGAACCAAUCCUAGUUCUCCGUCAGCAGAUCUAGCAUUUAGGAAAUCCAAGGGAACCCGUCCUAGCCAUCUUGCUCCGGAAGAAAACGAUAAACUCCGGUACUAUAUAAAGAAGUUACUAAGUAUGAAGCAUGAAGACGUGAAGAAUCUCUCAGUUUCUGAUCAGUCAACACAAUCAACUAAUCAAUCCAGUUUAGUUCAAUCAAUCAAUAAGGAUUCAGAUUCCCUUGUACUACAUUCCUCGUUGAAAAGUCCAUUAUCUUGGUCUAGUUCGGAUUCAGGGAAGAAGGUUCGGUUUGAUCUCCACCCGUCCAAUAUUCUCCACCAGUCAGAGAACAUAGGACGGGUUCAGGAGAUCUUCAGCUCAUUCAACGGUUCUAGAAGGAUGGAUUCAAGCUUAGAUGCUACUCUAUAUAGAUCUUUGCAAUUCUUGGAUCAGGACAGAGGAAUAGAUGAAAUUGACGGUGUCACCAGCACAAAUAUACAUUAUAAAGAUAGGGUAGCGGAGAACCCAUACCUUACGGAGAACCUACCCAACCUUUCCUACCCAGAGAUACAACAGAUAUUUCAGAGGAAACGAUCAGAACUAGAAAACCAACUUCAACUUUUAGACAAACAUCGGGGUCAACCUGUAGAUCGACAGGUUCAUGAAGAACAACACAGUCAACUUGAAGAGCUGGAUCUACUUCAUCGUCUUGAAGUACUAGAUCCUCCAUAUCCAGAAGAGGAAAGAAGCAAUAUGCGAACCAGUUCUUCUAAUCAACAAUUAGAGGUUUCUGAGGGAUCACUUGUCUCCUCUCGUCCGUCCUCAAGAGCUAGAGUUGCUCGUCCAGAAUCUCCGGGUUCAGGAGGAAGCAGCUCAGCACAUGAGAAGAUUGAAAACUACAGGAGCAGCAGUAGCAGUUUAGCUGUUCUUAGCAGCUCAUCUAGUUCAUUAACUCAUGUCACCAGUAAUCCAGCUACAAGCAACAUCAGGACCAUUUCCGGAGAACUCAGCAGUUUUUCCUCUGGCUUUUCUUUAUUCAAAAACCCUAAGGAACACCAAAAACAGAUUCACAGCACACCUCUACAGAAAGUAUCUACGAGUGUGAGUAUAUAUACUAGUGAGUACAGGAGGGAGACCACGGACAAAGUUAGAUCAGUUUAUACGGGUAAGGUUGAAGAAAUGCGGGAAACUUCUACGACGUUCUUCUCCGAUGUCGGAACAGAUAGCGAGUCGGGGAGUAGAAUCAGCUGCAUAGAUCUCAGCUCAGACCAAAGCAACCUUGGAUAGGUUUCAUUCAGAGUAUUUUAGUAAUUUAUGUGACUUGCCAAGAAUUUUAGCGCAAACCUUUACUGCAGAGAGAACGAAAGAGUUUUGUCAUAAUUCGAAUUAGACAUGCCAUUGCCAUGCCACUCUAUAGUCGAUGGUUACCUUAAGUUACCUCUACACUUUUUAGUCUCUUUUUAAAUCAAUCUAUUUAAUUUUUCUUAGAUUAAUUUAGCCAA